AUGCCUGAUCUUUUUCCUUUCCCUAUGAGCACUGCAGAUGAUGAUUUCAGGGAAUUUGUAGAUAAGGUACCUGAAGGCUGCCGCAUAACAAUUGUAUCAGAUUCGUGUCACAGCGGUGGCCUUAUUGACGAGGCCAAGGAACAAAUCGGAGACAGCACAAACCGUCCAGAAGAGAAGGAGAACGAAUCAGAGUCUUCUGGUUUUGGAUUCAAAAGCUUCCUGCACCAGACUGUAGAAGGUGCAUUAGAAUCCCGUGGAAUCCACAUUCCUUCUGGUCUGCGCCACAACCGUCAUGGUCAAGGUGGUGGUCGGGGUGAGGAAGAAGAGCUUGAUGUUGCUGAUAAGGAGGUGGAAACUGAGUUUGGUGAGCGAGCCUUUCUGAAAAGCAGAUCCCUGCCUCUGUCAACACUCAUAGAAAUACUCAAGCAAAAGACGGGCAAAGAUGACAUUGAUGUAGGGAAGCUGAGGCCAACUCUUUUUGACGUGUUUGGAGAAGAUGCAAGUCCCAAGGUGAAGAAAUUCAUGAACGUCAUUUUGAACAAAUUGAAACACGGGGAAGGGGAGAGUGGUGGAGGGUUCUUGGGUAUGGUGGGUGGCCUUGCUCAGGAGUUUCUGAAGCAAAAACUUGAACAGGACGAUGGGUAUGCAAAACCUGCUCUUGAGACUGAGGUGGGGAGCAAGCAGGAGGUCUAUGCUGGGCCUGCGAAGCGGUCACUGCCAGGGGGUGGGAUCCUCAUAAGUGGCUGCCAGAGCGACCAAACUUCUGCGGAUGCAACUCCUGCAGGGAGAUCGGAUCAAGCUUAUGGAGCCCUUAGCAACGCGAUCCAGGCUAUCCUAGCUGAAGCAGAUAACCACCAAGUUACUAAUGAAGAUGUUGUUUUAAAGGCUAGGAAUUUGCUGAAGAAACAGGGUUUUACCCAGCAACCCGGACUAUACUGCAGUGAUGAUCUCAUCCGUGCUCCAUUUAUCUGCUGA